AUGCAGAUCAUUAAUGAGACUGUAGGAGGUGAUUUUAUACUGGUGGGCUUCUCUGAUCAGCCACAGCUUGAGAAGAUCCUCUUCGUGGGUGUGCUGAUCUCCUACUUCCUGACAUUGGUGGGCAACACAGCCAUCAUCCUGGUCUCCUGUCUGGACUCCAUGCUUCAUACACCCAUGUACUAUUUUCUCACCAAUCUCUCCUUGGUUGACCUCUGCUUUACCACCAGCAUUGUUCCCCAGCUGCUGUGGAACCUUCAUGGUCCAGCCAAGACCAUUACUGCUGUGGGCUGUGCCAUUCAGCUAUACGUGUCUCUGGCUCUGGGAUCCACUGAAUGUGUUCUCCUGGCUGUCAUGGCAUUUGACCGCUAUGCAGCUGUUUGCUGGCCACUCCAUUACACCACAGUUAUGCACUCACGACUUUGCUGGUCCCUUGCAGGAAUGGCAUGGUUGAGUGGAGUGGGCAACACCUUGAUUCAGGGCACCAUUACCCUUCAGCUGCCCCGCUGUGGGAACCACAGAAUUUACCACUUCAUCUGUGAAGUUCCUGCCAUGAUCAAGCUGGCCUGUGUGGACGUGCAUGCCAAUGAGGUCCAGCUCUUCCUGGCUUCUUUGGUGCUGCUCCUCCUCCCCCUGGCCCUCAUCCUGAUCUCCUAUGGGUACAUUGUCCAAGCAGUGGCAAGGGUCAGGUCAGUGCAAGCCUGGCGUAAAGUGCUUGGAACGUGUGGGUCCCACCUGUUGGUGGUGUCUCUCUUCUAUGGCACCAUCACAGCUGUGUACAUCCAGCCCAACAGCUCCUAUGCAUACAGUGAAGGGAAGUUCAUCACCCUUCUGUACACUGUGGUGACACCUACUCUCAACCCCCUCAUUUACACUCUGAGAAACAAAGAUGUGCAGGGAGCUUUGAGGAGGCUGGUUAGUAAACACGGCAGCAUAGGACCUUGA